ACACAGCACACCUGCUGCAGAGCCAUGAUGUCCAGAAGGAGAAGAAGAAUCAAGCCUGUAGAUGAUGCAAUGACAUAUAUUCUGUCUUGCACUGACAAGUCUGGAUUUAUGUCAAGACUCGUCGACAGUUACAAAGGAAGAGGAGUGUUUGCCAUGCAGCCCAUUGAACCAGGGGACUUUGUACAUCAGAUGUUCCACAAGGAAUCAAAGCCAGAUGAGACUCAACCACAGGUGACAGACCCUCAGACUCCUGCAGUAGAGACAGAGACCAGCCCUGUACAUCAGAUGCUCCACAAGGAAUCAAAGCCAGAUGAGACUCAACCACAGGUGACAGACCCUCAGACUCCUGCAGUAGAGACAGAGACCAGCCCUGUACAUCAGAUGUUCCACAAGGAAUCAAAGCCAGAUGAGACUCAACCACAGGUGACAGACCCUCAGACUCCUGCAGUAGAGACAGAGACCAGCCCUGUACAUCAGAUGCUCCACAAGGAAUCAAAGCCAGAUGAGACUCAACCACAGGUUUUUACUGUCCAAGGGUUUUCGCUCGUUGAUUAUUCAGAAAGUGAUGAAACUGAUGAGGACUUUAUGGAGAACAAAAGUCCCACUCCACACCGUGAUGUUCUCAGGAAGAUAACAGAAAACACUCUGAUGGAUAGUGGACCAGAGGUUUCUAAUCAUUCGUACGGUUCAGAAAGUGUUGUGAACGAAACCUGCGAUGAGGCUUCUCCAAGCAACCAUUCCAACGAGCAAUCAGAUAAUGUACUUGUUCCAUCACUGAGACGCACAAAAAGUCUCAUG